GAAUUAUAUUAUACAAUUUAAAGCGCAUUUCUGUUUAUGCACGUGAACCCGUCUAACGUUAUUUUCGCAGUUAUAUAAAGUAGCAAAUUAUCGUUCCUGAAUAGGUGGCGCCGUGGUAGCGGAUCCUGUUCCUCUUCUUCCGGUUUCUGCACUGUGCAACUAUUUCAGUUAUAUUUUUAAUUAACGAUGCCAAGUACUUGUUGUUGUGUACCUGGAUGUCAUUUAAGAGGAGGACAUGCAUUUCCAAAUGACUUAAAAAGAAGGAAAAGUUGGAUCAACGCCAUGGCCCAUACGCAGAUUGGACGAGAACACGAUGAUAUCGUGGAGUCCAUCUCAAUCAGCUGUUGUUUGCAAGGCACGUUUUACUGAAAAAGACUACGUGCAGGAAACUAUUCAUGGGCGCAAACCCACCAUACAGAGACUUAAGUCUACUGCAAUUCCCAGCCUAUUUUCCUGGACCAAGCAAGAGACUGAAUCGUCCGCAAAAAGAAAAAUCAGGGCAGUUUCCUGUGAAAACAAAAGAACUAAACUUGAUGAAUAUUGUAGUAGAAAUCUAGAGGAAAGUUUUGAUUGUAAAGUUGGUUUUCCUGAAGAAGUCAUUCAUACUGCAGAAAGGAUUUAUGACUGUACAUGUCCACCAGCAACUGCCGAGCUAAUGUUGAGCUUCACAGAUGGAAUUACGCAAACACCAUCAAUGCCUAUGUUUUCAGCAGAGAAUUUUGAAAUGAAGACACGUGACACAGCCAUGCAUUUUUAUACCGGUUUAGAGUUGUAUACUAAAUUUUUAUUUGUUUUGACCACACUUGGUCCAGCAGCACAUUGUUUGAGAUACAUAUAUUUUCAAAUUGAUAGGGUGUCAGUUGAAAAUCAGUUUUUUUAUGACUUUGAUGAAAUUGAGGCAUCAUACAACCAACUUUGAACUGUCUAGAUUCUAGAUUGAAUCUAGUGUUAAGAAUAUUGUGUAUACAUGGAUUGUUUUUAUGUCUAAACAGUGGUGUGAGGCUAACACUUGGCCAUCUAGUGGUUUAGUCAGGUAUUUUUCACCAUCCAACUUCAAAUUAAAGUUUCCUACGACUUGGAUUAUUAUUGACAGCACAGAAUAUCCCGUGAUAAAACCUAAAGCUCCUAGAGCUCAGGCAACCUUUUCAUCAAAUAAAAACAGAAACACUGAAAAUUCUUGAAUGUUCGACACCUGGUGGUUUAGUCAACUAUAUCUCUAUGUCACAUAGAGCGAAUUAUUGGACUUGGCAAAACAUACAAAAUUCUAAUAAAUCCUAUGAAUGGAACUGAAACAAAACUUUCAUCUGAAAUAACAUUUAGUUGUUUUAUGUUGUGUAAUUUUAGAACUUGUAUUGUGCCAAAGGAUGCAUAAAUAAAAGUGACGCAAUGAA